UCAUGCAUGUUGUGAUGUAUUCAUUUCUUUCACGUAUCUUUUUGUUUUGUUUUUUGUUACAGUUCAAAAUGGAUUUGAAUGUUGUGUUAUUGGGAAAAACACAAUGUGGCAAGAGUGCAUCUGGGAACACACUACUGGGAAGACAAGCUUUCACAUCGAAGAGAAGCACCAAAUCUAUCACAAAAACUUUUGCUGUGCAAUCUGGAGCUGUCUGCGGACACAGAGUCACUGUUCAUGACACACCAGGAUUCAGCAGCACAGACCUGAAUGAACAUGAAAAACAAAAAUAUGAAAGACUUUUUCAGGAAUGUGAAUCAGGUCUCUGUGUGUUUCUCCUGGUCAUCAAAGCUGAGGGAUUCGCUCCAGAUGACAUAGAAACUGUGCAGAAGAUUAAGACGCUGUUGGGAGAAAGUCGACAACAGAACACCUGGAUUCUCUUCACUAGAGGAGAUGAACUGGAAGAAGAAAAUGUGACGAUAAAUGAGUUCCUAGAAGACAGUGAACCUUUGAAGAAUCUCGUUCAGCAAUAUGAGGGGAGAUACCACGUGUUCAAAAACAAGCAGGGAGAAAGUGAACAAGUUAACAUGCUGUUUAAAAAAAUGAUCAAGAGGUUUUUGGAGAAAGCUGUGUCACAACAAAAUAAAAGAAUUCCUGUCCAGAAUGUUGUUGCUGACCGUUUCUCAGACAGAAGACUUGUUCUCCUGGGGAAGAGUGGUGCUGGAAAGAGUGCCGCUGGAAACACAAUACUGGGACAGGAAGUGUUCAGAUCUGAACUGAGAAUGGUUUCAGUGUCCAGAGAAUGUUUAGUGAAUCAAGCCAAAGUUUCAGGCAGAAAUGUGUCUGUAGUUGAUACACCUGGAUUAUUUGACACAGACAUGACUACUGAAGAGUUAAUGGAAGAGAUAGCAUAUAGUGUUUAUUUAUCCAGUCCUGGACCGCACGCUUUUAUCAUUGUGUUUCCUGUCAAUCAAAGGUUCACACCACAGGAACAACAGAUCGCUGAGGAGAUUGAGAUGAUCUUUGGAGAAGAUGUGUUAAAAUACUCCAUCAUUCUCUUCACUCAUGGAGAUCAGUUGAGAGAAGAGAGUAUGGAGAAACUCAUUGAGGAGAAUGUGAAAUUAAGAUCUCUAGUUCAGCAGUGUGGAGGCAAAUAUCACGUGUUUAAUAAUAAAGAGCUCAAUAACAGAGAUCAGGUGACUGAACUACUGCAGAAGAUUGACACAAUGAUACAGCAGAAUGGAGGAGGACAUUACACUAAUCAGAUCUUUGAAGAAGCUCUGAGAUGUAAACAAGAGGAGGAAGAGCAAAGGAAGAGAGAGGAGGAGAAGAGACAGAGAGAGGAGGAGAAGAGACAGAGAGAGGAGGAGGAGAGACAGAAAGAGGAGGAGAGACAAAGACGAAAAGAUAUAGAGAGAUUGAUAAAUGAAACAGAGAACAGAGUCAGAAACUACGAAGAACCUAAACUGAAGUCAAAGAUUGAUAGAAUAAAACAGCAGAGAGAAAAAGACUUCAGACAAAGAGAAAAAGAGUUGAGACAAAGAGAAAAAGAGUUGAGAGAACAACAGGAUGAAAAAAAUCGACAACGGAUUGAGAGACUAGAGAAACAAUUCAGAGCUCAACAGAUGUUUGAAAAAGAAAGUCCAAAGAAACGUCAUGGAUUUAAGCAUUUUUUUUCCAAAUAUAAGCAUCAUUUUAUUAUAGCAGCUUUUGUAGUUACUGGUAUAAUUGUUGGUGGAGUUGUUGGAAGUCUUGUUGGUGGAGUUGGAUGUGUUGCUGGUGUAGUUGUUGGAGGUUAUGCUGGUGCUGUUCUUGGUGCAGCAAUUGCUGGUGUAAGUAGUUAGCUAAGCUGUUGCUAGUCAUGAUGGUGUAGGUAGUUAAGCUGUUGCUAGUCAUGAUGAUGUAGGUAGUUAAACUGUUGCUAGUCAUGAUGGUGUAGGUAGUUAAGCUGUUGCUAGUCAUGAUGAUGUAGGUAGUUAAGCUGUUGCUAGUCAUGAUGGUGUAGGUAGUUAAACUGUUGCUAGUCAUGCUGGUGUAGGUAGUUAAGCUGUUGCUAGUCAUGCUGGUGUAGGUAGUUAAGCUGUUGCUAGUCAUGCUGGUGUAGGUAGUUAAACUGUUGCUAGUCAUGCUGGUGUAGGUAGUUAAACUGUUGCUAGUCAUGCUGGUGUAGGUAGUUAAGCUGUUGCUAGUCAUGCUGGUGUAGGUAGUUAAGCUGUUGCUAGUCAUGCUGGUGUAGGUAGUUAAGCUGUUGCUAGUCAUGCUGGUGUAGGUAGUUAAGCUGUUGCUAGUCAUGCUGGUGAAGGUAGUUAAACUGUUGCUAGUCAUGCUGGUGAAGGUAGUUAAACUGUUGCUAGUCAUGCUGGUGUAGGUAGUUAAGCUGUUGCUAGUCAUGCUGGUGUAGGUAGUUAAGCUGUUGCUAGUCAUGCUGGUGUAGGUAGUUAAGCUGUUGCUAGUCAUGCUGGUGUAGGUAGUUAAGCUGUUGCUAGUCAUGCUGGUGUAGCUGUUUCUGCUGUUAGUGGUGGUAUUUAUGGUGCAUUGGUGCAACAAUAAUUGAUUGGUUUCAGUACUUUAAUAAAUAUUUUCAAUAAAAUCACCAUGGAUAAUUUGAAAGCAAAAUGUUGGUUGAGGGUAAUAAAUGAUAAUAUAACAAUAUAACAAUGAUAACAUUAAUCCAGAUGUUUGUCCCGACUUACUCUGAAAUAUAGUUUUUCUGCAUAAUAUUUUAUCUGAUAAGUGUGUUAAUACAUAAAUCAUUGAUUUAAUAAUUCAGGAUGUCAUAUACAGUGCUACAAAUGUAGAGGGGAAAAAAGCGACGGGAAUAUUCUGUAUGAUUUUAUUAUUGCUCUCAAAUUUCUGUUGUUCUAUCUUUUACUUUUCUGGUCAACUUUUGAACUUUGUUUUGCAUCACCUCUAAUGUUGCCAUUUCCUAAUUCCAGAAUGUAAUGCAUCAAUCAAUGUAAACUUAUUUUAACAUAUUAAUAACGUGCUUGUAUUAUUGUGUAUAAAAUAAAAUAAAAAACA